AUACGAUUAGUUUAAAUUCUUUUGAAAUGAAUUUCGGUAUUUCCAUUUUUACCUCCGGCUUGUUGCUGGCUUCUGUAAGCCUAACAGCGGCGCUAACAUUUGAUGAAGAAAGAUUAGCUAUAAAGCAAUUUGUCACAUCUGAACAACGCAUUCGCUCACAUGGCUACCCGACGGAAACGCAUACCGUUGAAACCAGCGAUGGUUACCUGCUGACACUCUUCCGCAUUCCAUAUUCGCACAAAUUGAAGAACGAAGGCGCUUAUCGCCCAGCUAUUCUAUUGCAACAUGGCUUGUUCAGUAACUCAGAUUGCUGGUUGAGUAAUGGACCCGAUAAUUCGCUCGCAUACUUACUUGUUGACGCUGGCUUUGACGUCUGGUUGGGAAAUGCUCGUGGAAAUAUUUACUCGCGCGCAAAUUCAAAAAUAUCAUUAAAUAGCCCAAAAUUUUGGAAGUUCAGCUGGCAUGAAAUUGGCAUCUACGAUAUAUCUGCUAUGAUUGACUAUAUACGAGAUUUUACCGGUCAACAAGCCAUACACUAUGCUGGCCACUCGCAGGGAACGACGGUAUUUCUGGUCCUCAUGUCCACCAAGCGGGAGUACAAUGCCAGGAUUAAGACGGCACAUUUGCUAGCGCCAUGUGCAUUCUUUGCUCACGGCACACAUCCUGCAUUUCAACUGUCAGCAUUGGUUGGUACACCUGGCGGCCUGUACAACAGCCUCUUGGAGGAUAUGGAGUUGGUACCUAAGAACAAAAUCGUUAAUCGGAUUGUGGAUACAUUGUGUGGCCAGCAACCCCAAUUGGGCAAGCAAUGCAAAGACGUUGCAUUAUGGUAUGCUGGCGAAGGAUAUCGCAACACAAAUAUGAGCUCCUUACAAAUACUGAUCGAGACCCAUCCGGGUGGUUCAUCAAGUAACCAGGGUAUUCACUUUUUACAGCUCAGUAAGUCGCAUAAAUUCCGUCAAUUUGAUUAUGGCACGAAGAAGAACCGACAGGUUUAUAACCAGGAUACGCCACCAGACUAUGAUUUGAGCAAAAUCACCGCACGUACGUACUUGUAUUCGAGCGCUAAUGAUGCAUUGUGCGGUCCAAGAGAUGUUGAUAAUUUGGUGGAAAAUAUGCCACUGCUAGUUGAGGAUUAUCGUGUUGCCGAUCCAACAUGGAAUCAUAUGGACUUCAUUGUUGCAAACCAAAUGAAGGAAGUGAUCAACGCGCGUGUCGUGCAAGCAGUUAAAACUUAUGAGAGAUUUACGCAAUAAAUAAAUUAACAUAUGUACAAAUGGAAAAUAAAUGUUUAUUAUGCCUUGGUUUA